GAGGCCGCUUGCAACGGCACGACGCGAAAACCUCAGCUCGUCCCAAACUACUGGAGACGAUCACAAAUCACAUGCUUAAUGUGGCGCAGCUAUAGUAAUCUACGGGGUUGACGAUUGAAGAAACCUGUCCUCACUGUCGCUAUGCUUAAAAAUGAAUAGGAAAACCUGUUAUUAAGAAUCAUGUCUCAGCCGUAGUCUCUCGGUCUCUGGAUUUGCUAGAGUCCGAAAAAGAAGAAGAAGAAGAAGAAAAAGAUGGCAUCUGUUCCCGAAAUUCAAGAGCACGGAAACCAACCUACAACUACAAGUACAACUACAGACGGCGGCCAUGUGGAAGAUGGCGGCAUCAUGCUUGGCCCCACAGGGUUGAAGGAGCCACAAAAUCACAUCCAAGAUGAUGGCCAAACUACCCAAGCAAUUCCUUCUGAGGCGCCUCGUAGAUAUAUGGAAGGAUGGAGAUUAUACGCUAUGAUAUCCUCCUUAUGUUUAUCCCUAUUCCUAUCGACAUUAGAAACGACAAUAGUCAGUACAUCGCUCAUCUCUAUAACAAAUGCCUUGGGAGACUUUGAGCAGAGAGAUUGGGUGGUCACCUCCUAUCUCAUCACUUAUACAGGCUUCUUAGUCGUAUAUGCCAAGUUCAGCGAUAUCCUAGGGCGCAAGUUGUUGAUAUUAGUUGCCAUAGCCUUCUUUACGGUCUUCUCGAUCGUCUGCGGCUCAAUCUCAAAUAUGACUCAGCUGAUUGUGUUCCGGGCUCUGCAGGGUAUCGGUGGCUCCGGAAUCUACGCGAUGGUAACAUGUAUCCAGCCCGAACUUGUCCCGCCUGAGAAAUGGGGGAACAUCAUCGCGGUCGUCUCCCUGGUCUCCGUCCUCAGUUCCGUCCUUGGUCCCAUACUCGGCGGUGCAAUCAACAACCACUCCUCCUGGCGAUGGGUCUUCCUUUUAAACGCCCCGGCUGGAGUAAUUGCAACUGGUUUAAUAGCCUUCGUUAUGCCUGCUCAAUUCCCAAAUAUUGACGACUCGGCGGGCCUAAUGAGCUUUCACAGCAAGAUAUCGCGGGCAUCACUUCGUCGACUUGACAUUAUUGGAGCCAUACUGUUGCUUUUUUCGUCCGCUCUAAUCGUAUUCGCUUUCGAGGAAGCAGGAUCUCGAUACAGCUGGCAAAAUCCGACAAUCCUAAGUACUAUAAUCGUCGGCGGUGUCCUGUUCAUCGGAUUUCUCGGAUGGGAAAAAGUUGCAGAUCGACCAAGAGCCACUCAAGAACCCAUCUUCCCACUUCGACUGAUGAAGAACCGCUUAGUUAGCUCUCUCACCAUAAUUGCUUUUUGCACCGGGCCGCCCUUUAUGACCGCGAUAAUCAAUCUUCCGCAACGCUUUCAAGCCGUCGACGGACUUAGCCCAUUUGAAGCUGGCACUCACCUCUUACCUCUCCUGCUUGCCUCUCCCGUUGCUACAAUCGUCGCUGGGCAACUUGCAGCCAAGUUUAAAGUGCCCCCCUUUUAUAUCCUUCUCUUUGGGGCAUCCAUGCAGCUAUUAGGAAUCGGACUGGCGAGUUCGGUACGGUUUAAAAGUGGUAACGCUAUGUAUGGAUAUGAGGUAAUAAUGGGCUUCGGGUUUGGAAUGGGCCUCGUUUCAUUGCUGAUAUACACACCAAUGGUAGUAAAACGGUCUGACAUGGCUGUCGCCAUGGGAGCAAUUACUCAGAUACGGGUACUUGGCGGAACAAUAGGGUUAGCCAUCAGCUCAACGGUACUCAACAAUCAUCUCUCCUCCACUCUGCCUGCCCUUCUCAAUCCGGCAGACAUCAAGCAGAUCUCGGACUCUGUGCAGUAUAUCAAUACACUCCCGGACGCAACCCGCGAUGCGGUACGUCAAAUCUUCGCUGAUGGGUUCAACUCGCAGAUGCGAGUCAUGAUGUAUUUCAGUGUGGCGGUUUGGGUCUUCGCAGCAACACUCUGGGAGCGUAAGUUGAGAAGCGCCGCAAAUGUUGAAGGCUAUUGAUUAUCUUCUUUGAUACCAUCCUUACAUCGGUAAGUCGUAAGGUAAUAUCUUAACCCGAUUGCAUAAUUACCAUGUCCGAUUGCGAGCUCUUGCCUUCAGCCAAUUGAUAUGGUUAUCAAAUACUUACCUAGCUUACAUUCCUCACCAUUAGUUCUUAUAUAAAUUUUGAAAUUCAGUAUCAGUAAACUUCUUAGGACGU